AUGGCAUCACUGCUGAACACUCACGUAGACAAGGUUGACUGGGACGCGGAGAUCGAAGUACAGCUUGGAAAUAAACCGAAUCUGCCCAGGGUGAGACGAGAUGUCGGCAAUGGAUUGACAAUUGCUCUUACUGGAGGCACUGGACCUUUGGGUCAAUGUUUCCUCCAACAGCUCGUGUCAGACCCUCAAGUCAAGAAGAUCAUCUGUCUCGUGCGUACUGUUGGCGACCGCGACCUGCAGAACCUUUCACCUUUCAAUAGUCAGAAGACCCAGAUUGAAGAGGCUGACCUGCCAUCUUUACCACCGGACGAUAUUCUGUCAGAGGCAGACUGUAUCCUGCACUGCGCCGCAGAUCAGAACUUCUGGGACGGCUAUCAUGCCCUUCGGCCCACCAACUUUGACGCUGCAAAGGUGCUGGCCCAUGUCACCGUCCGUACCGACUUCACCAACUUGAGUGGAACAAUCGACAUUGCACGCCUUCAAGAUGUCGCAGUCGCCAUAGCACGGUCAAUCACUUCGAGGGAUUACUCGGACACAGUUGACAUGACUGUGAUCGACUACCCAGGCUCAGAGCGGAUAUCUAUCGAAAGUCUGGCUUCCCUUUACGAUGCCCUGUUACAGCAUAGCGAGAAUCAGUCUGUCGCAAAGUUGCCCACAAAAUCUGUAUUGUUUUAG